AUGUCCCCGCGAGAUCCCCCCGCGCCCGGGCAGUUCACGUUCGUGAAGAAGGAAGAUCGCGGCGACGAAGCCGACGGAGCGAACGUCAACGCGGCGCUGAGGCACGCCGGCAAGGCGCUGCGAAGCGAGAUCGCCCAGAGCGACGGGCAGCUCGCGUCCGACUUCGAAGCCGUCCUGCGCGGCGAGGCCAUCUACCUCCCGCACUUCCACUGCGCGGCGAGGGACUACGCCCUCCUCGCGUCGCUCGCGAAGGAUCUCGAGGAGCACGAGGCCGCCCCGGGGACGGACGACGCCGACGCCGCCGGCGCCGGGGCGGGCGGGAUGGUGAACUGGAGCAAGCACCUCAAGCACGAGAACCCGACGUUCAGCGCGACGUUCCAAUCCGUCGUGGACGCGAUGGCCGCGCACUUCGACGUGGACGUGUACGCCACGCGCUUAAACUUCUACCGCGACGGCACGGACUGGAAGCCGUUCCACCACGACUCGCACGCGUUCGGCGGCAGAGAGAAGCGCGAGGAUUUCACCAUGGGCGCGUCGUUCGGCGGCGAGAGAGAGCUCGAGUUUCUUCACGAGCCGAGCGGCGGGACGUUUACGUUUCCGCAGAAAAACGGGGACGUCUUCGCGUUCACGACGGAGGUGAACAAACGGUUCAAGCACGGGGUGCCAAAGCUCACGAGGGGGAUCGGCGGGCCGAGGUUCAGCAUCAUCGCGUGGGGGCGGCGAAGGAGUCUGAACGCGCGGAACGGCGGC